AUGCCUUGCACAAGCAGCACCAGCAGCUCAUUUGCAUCAGCGAGGACCUCUAAUAAUUUGAGUGUUUCAUCACCGCCCACAUCUGAGGCACCAAAUGGCUCUCCCAUAUCAAAGAACAGCCCUCCUAGCUUGAGGAGGACCUCCCUGGUGACCCCAAUCAAGCCCAGAGUUGCCAGAUCACCAAUUCCUACAUAUGGAGCUCCUGUCACCUAUCCUAUACUGAGGAGUAAUUCGCCCAUACUGAAGAGUAGCCCUAUCCAGAGAGUUAUCUCCCCCAUCCCAACAAGUAGUUCCCCUAUCCCAACAAAUAGUUCCCCUGUCCAUACAAAUAGUUCCCCCAUCCUAAGGAGUAGCUCCCCCAUCUCAAGGAGUAGCUCCCCCAUUCUGAAGAGUAUGUCCAUCAAGAGGACUGGCCUGCACACCAUGAGUGCUCCUCCCCUAAUGAUCACUGUGCCUGGUGAGAGCCUCACAUCAGCUACUAAACACGGUCCUUUCAAGCGCGGACACCAAUAUAGCUUACUUGAAGAUGGUGGUGAACUUGAGGAUAAUGGGCACUUUCCUACCAAGAGACCCAAGACGCUGUUGACAUUGUUCACUUGUGACCGCCCCACUGACACUGCAGUCUAUUUCACAGAAUGCAUGCUUCAGCUUUCCUGUGUCAGUUGCCGGACCUUUGCCGCAAAAAUGGAGUAUCAGCGCCUAUGCACCGAAGAACUGGAGCUGAUAACGGAGAUCAUAUGGGAUGAACUUGAAGAAGCCAAGACUCAUCUGACUAAAACUGAUUUGCAAAUUGGCUCACUCUGCAACAAUCUUUACGAUGCAGGGGUGUCGGUGAUAGGAAGCAAAGGGAGACCCGGAAACCCUGCACCGAAGGAGGUCGAUUGA